GAGCAAAAACCCUGAAGUGGACAGAUGGAAUGAAACAAAUCUACACUCUCCCUCUUCUGCUCUCUUUCCCACUCUUUGUUUUCAUCGAUCCUCAAACUCUAAAAACUCUCUGGAGAAAAGGCUCUUUUUCUGUGCGGAUUCCUCAAACCUCUCUCUCUGUCUGCUACUGAGAUCUUGCAAAUUCAUUCGCUUCACCUUCUUCUCUCAAAAUAAAGUUCGCUUGGCUACACUAGCAAUCGCUCAAAUCAAUGGCGUCUUCGCUGUCCACAACUGCCUCCGCUUCAGUUUCAGCUUCGGCCAUCGCCAAAACCACAGCCAAUUUGCCUCAUUACAAUACUUAUGCUCUUUCUAGGGUCUCAUUUACCGUCUCUCCUACACCGAACCUCCGUUUUUUCACCAAGGGUUUGAAGCUUGGUCACAACAGUUCGACUUCUGUGAAAGCCCAGUUGAAUGAGGUAAGGUUCUUUCAGAGGUUUUCAUUAGAGGAUAUUUUUGCAAAUUUUCGUUCCUCCCUGGAUAUGCUUUUGGGGUCAUUUGUUCACUUCAAGGUUGCUGUGGAUGGAUCCUCAAAAGCUGCUGCCUCACCUCCAACCAAAUCAGAAGUACCACCACUGGAAGCAAAGGAUGCUAAGUCAUCAAAUGAGUGUUCACCUCCAACUUUGGCUACAGAGGAGUCAAUAUCUGAAUUCAUUACACAAGUUGCAAGCCUUGUGAAGCUGGUAGAUUCCAGAGACAUUGUGGAGUUGCAGUUAAAACAACUUGAUUGUGAACUGAUAAUCCGGAAAAAGGAGGCCUUGGCUCAGCCACCAUCUCCUGCUCCAGUUGUUAUGAUGCAAGCACCUGUACCUUCACCACCACAACUUAUGCCACCAGCCCUACCUGCAGCUUUCCCUGCAGCCUCUAGUCCGUCUUCCACUCCACCCCCAUCACCUGUACCUUCUGCUGCUAAAUCACUCAAGCCAUCACUUCCACCACUUAAAUGCCCUAUGGCAGGCACAUUCUACAGAAGUCCAGCACCAGGUGAACCACCUUUUGUGAAGGUUGGAGACAAAGUGCAGAAGGGACAAGUCCUAUGCAUUAUUGAAGCCAUGAAAUUGAUGAAUGAAAUAGAAGCUGAUCAGUCAGGGACCAUAGUUGAAAUUAUUGCAGAAGAUGGCAAGCCAGUCAGUGUUGACACUCCUCUAUUUGUGAUUGAACCCUGAAAGCCCGAUGAUUGAGUGGACAUGUACCGAGUAAAGAUGACAAGGCGACGAGCUCAGUUCUUGGUAAUGUUGGGAGAUGCGGCAUUAUUAUUGUAUUAGCACGUUUUGUGUGGGAUGAGUUGUUAGGAAGUGACUGGUUCUAAUGCGAGAUUUUUUUUCCCCUUUGAAAUUAUUAGUACAAGUUAUGUCUAAUAAAUCAGUUAGUUUAUUAGUGAAAGGUAAUUGACCAAAAGGGGUUAGUCUAUUAUAGUUUACUUUCAAGAGCUCGUACAGAGUGUCUACAAAUUCUCUGUGAACUAGAUUGAGUAAUUUAACUCUGUGCUUGUUAAAUUGCA